AUGUCAUUGAGCAGCCGCUGUGUGCCAGGCACUGUGUCAAACCCUGUCUAUAUCUUCUGCGAAGCUGUUAUUAUUCCCAUUUUACAGACAGGGGAACGGAGCCCAGAGCAGCUGGCUGACUUACCCAGGGCCCUAAGGCUAACCAAGUGUCAGAACCAGUGUCCGACCUCAGGACCAGAACUUGGGUCCCUUCCUCCUCCCAGGAGCUGCUUGGAGAUGCUGCUGCUGCUGCUGUUCCUUCUCCUGCUGCUGCUGCUGCCACUGCUGGCCGUGCUCUGGCAGCGGCAGCCCCAAGAUGCCAGGCUGUCCUGGCUUGCUGGCCUCCAGCACCGUGUGGCAGCAGGGACCCUGUGCUGGGCGGCCGCCUGGCAGCAGUGGAGACUAGAACAGAGCACACUGCACGCGGGCCAGAGCCAGCAGCAGGCCCUGAAGUGGUGUCUGCAGGGAGCCCAGGGGCCCCGCGGUCCCCUCAGGGGGAACACAGAUAUAAGCACCUUCCGGAACCAUCUCCCACUGACCAAGGCCAGCCAGGCCCAAGAGGAAGAAAGUGAGGGGCAGCUCUCGCCUCCUACCUCAACCCAGUACUACGGGGAGGCCUCUCUGCAGGCCACCUUGCUGGGUCUGGCAGCCCUAAACAAGGCCUAUCCAGAAGUGCUGGCUCCGGGAGGCACCGCCUGUGUGACCCCUACGUCCCCCUGGCCCUGCCCUCUCCCCUGGCCUUGGCGUGCCUUGGGCCAGGUUAGCGCCCCUGGAGCCAAGCACCCUGGGGCCCUGCUGCUGAAGGCACUGAGGUCCCCAGGGCUGCGGGCACUGGAAGGUGGGACAGCAGCCGAACUCCUGGACGUCUUUGUGGGCCUGGAGGCGGAUGGCGAAGAGCUAGCUGAGACAAUAGCUGCCGGGAACCCGGGGGUGCCUCUCCCCAGACGGGCAGCUGAGUUGCGGAAGGCCCUGGAGCAGGGGCCCCGAGGACUGGCCCUUCGGCUCUGGCCGAAGCUACAGGUGGUGGUGACUCUGGACGCAGGAGGCCAGGCCGAGGCUGUGGCUGCCCUGGAGGCAUUGUGGUGCCAAGGGCUAGCCUUCUUCUCCCCGGCUUACUCUGCCUCUGGAGGGGUGGUGGGCCUGAACCUGUGGCCAGAGCAGCCCCGCGGGCUCUACCUUCUGCCCCCUGGAGCUCCUUUUAUUGAGCUGCUCCCAGUCAACAAAGGAGCCCAGGAAGAGGCUGCCUCUACCGUCCUGCUGGCCGAGGCCCAGAAGGGCAAGGAGUAUGAGCUGGUGCUGACCGACCACAUCAGCCUUACCAGGUGCUGCCUGGGUGAUGUAGUACAGGUGGUUGGUGCCUACAAUCGGUGUCCAGUCGUCAGGUUCGUCUGCAGGCUGGGCCAGGCCCUGAGUGUGAGAGGAGAAGACAUUCGAGAGGAUGUGUUCUCUGAGGCCCUGGGCCGGGCUGUCGGGCAGUGGCCAGGGGCGAAACUGUUAGACCACAGCUGUGUGGAGAGCAGCAUUCUGGAUUCCUCCGAGGGCUCGGCUCCCCACUAUGAGGUGUUUGUGGCGCUGAGGGGCCUGAGAAACCUGUCAGAGGAAAAUCGAGACAAGCUUGACCACUGCCUUCAGGAAGUCUCUCCCCGCUACAAGUCCUUGCGGUUCUGGGGCAGCGUGGGCCCUGCCAGAGUCCACCUGGUGGGGCAAGGGGCCUUCAGAGAACUCCGGGUGGCCCUUGCAGCCUGCCCUUCGUCCCCCUAUCCUCCUGAGAUGCCCCGGGUCCUUAGGCACAGGCACCUGGCCCAGUGUCUGCAUAAAAGGGUGGUGUCCUGA